UUUUGACAUUUUGAAGGGCAUAAAAAAUUAUACACAUAAUUCAUAAUUCAUCGUUUAUCGUUCAUUUUCCGUUUUUAAUAUAAACUACAUUGGAUUUGGUUCACAAUUAAUACCUUUUGAUUUUCUAUAGUAUUUUCCACUUGAUCAAAAUGCAAUCAAAUAUUUUUAGUAGGUUUUCAAUGGCUGUAAAGCCAACUAUACUAAAAAAGUCCAAACACAUCGAGUGUGGUUUUAUUUACUCUGUAGUUAAUCGCCGUUAUGCAAGUGGUGAUUCGGUAGAUUUAGUUGUUAUUGGCUCUGGACCUGGUGGCUAUGUUGCUGCUAUUAAAGCUGCACAGUUGGGUUUGAAUACUGUUUGUGUUGAAAAAAAUCCUACACUCGGUGGUACUUGUCUUAAUGUUGGUUGCAUUCCUUCAAAAGCACUACUGAAUAACUCACAUUAUUAUCACAUGGCUCAUUCUGGUGAUCUAAAUUCUCGAGGAGUUGAAGUUGAAAAUGUCAAGCUUAACCUAGAAGCAUUAAUGCAAACAAAAACAAAUGCUGUAAGUGCAUUAACUGGUGGAAUCGCUCAUUUGUUUAAAUCAAAUAAAAUAACAUUAGCCAAAGGUCAUGGUAAAAUAAAGGACCCAAACACUGUAUCUGUACUGAAAGAAGAUGGAUCCUCAGAAGAUAUUAAAACUAAAAAUAUACUUAUCGCUACAGGUUCUGAAGUUACUCCUUUUCCAGGAAUUGAUAUUGAUGAAGAAACUGUUGUUUCUUCAACAGGUGCUUUAAAACUUACAAAAGUUCCUGAAAAAAUGAUUGUUAUUGGUGCUGGAGUUAUAGGACUUGAGCUAGGAUCCGUUUGGAGUCGUUUAGGAGCAAAAGUAACUGCUGUUGAAUUUAUGCCUACAAUUGGUGGUGUUGGCAUUGAUGGUGAAGUGUCUAAACAAUUUCAAAAAAUAUUGACCAAACAAGGAUUAAGUUUUAAAUUGGGAACUAAAGUAAUUAGUGCAAGUAAAUCUGGUGGGCAAAUAUUGGUUGAAGUUGAAAAUGCAAAAGAUUCUUCUAAAAAAGAGACGUUGGACUGUGAUGUUUUACUUGUAAGUGUUGGCCGUCGGCCUUAUACACAGAAUUUAGGUCUAGAAGAAAAUAGUAUUGAAAAGGACGCAAAAGGAAGAAUACCAGUAAAUUCUAGGUUUCAAACUGUCAUACCUAAUAUAUUUGCUAUUGGAGAUUGUAUCCAUGGUCCUAUGUUGGCUCAUAAAGCUGAAGACGAAGGUAUAGUUUGUGUUGAAGGUAUAACAGGUGCACCAGUACAUAUUGAUUACAACUGUGUACCUUCAGUUAUAUAUACUCACCCAGAAGUAGCAUGGGUUGGAAAAAGUGAAGAAGACUUAAAAAAUGAAGGUAUUGAUUAUAAAGUAGGAAAAUUCCCAUUUGCGGCCAACAGUAGAGCUAAAACAAACAAUGAAACUGAUGGUUUCAUUAAAGUACUCGGUGAUAAAGUUACUGAUAAAUUAUUAGGAUGCCACUUAAUUGGACCUGGUGUUGGUGAGAUAGUUAAUGAAGCUGUUUUAGCAAUGGAGUAUGGAGCAUCUUGCGAAGAUAUUGCUAGAGUUUGCCAUGCACAUCCAACGUGUUCGGAAGCAUUAAGAGAAGCAAAUUUAGCUGCAUACUUUGGUAAAGCUAUUAAUUUUGGUUAAACUAUUUUGUUAUUCCACAAAUGAACAGUCUUCAAACCAAAUUCAGUGUAAAAAAGUUCAACAAUAUAUUUUAGAUUAAUACUCACUUUAAAUGCAAUUUGGCUUCUUUUUGUUCAAUUAUAAUAAAUAAAAUCUAACUUUUUUAGAUGUCACAAAUUAAGUUAAAAAUUAAUAGCAAUUCAAUACCCAUCAGAUGCUAAAAAUUAAACAAAAUAGUGUUAAUGAAUUGAGAUGAAAAUAAAUUAAUAAUUUUCCUUUUAAUCUGUA